UUCUUUUUUUUUUUUGAUCUUCGUUAUACAGACAAAUGGAUUACAUACAUACGGAGCGAUAUUAUGAAAAUAUAUUUUUGUUUCUCAACGAUACGAUGUGAAACGUAAGCAAAGGAGUUCGAAGACACCGCGAGAGAGAGAGAGAGAGAGAGAAAGAGCAGUGCCAUCCCUCGGAUCAGGAAGCGUUUUCCAAGGCCACGUGGACCACGUUGGGAGCCCCCACAAAAUAUGUGCCAGUAUGUCCGAGAGAGGUAUGCAAGAAGCAGCUUGCGAGGAUAUCGAGAAACAAGCUUCUCUUUACGUGUUCCCGGGAGUUUCACGUCAACAACAGCAACAGCAACAACAACAAUAUCAAGGAAAUAUUAUACCAUCCCUACAACUUGCACCAUUAUCAGCACCAACCGUACUUGGUUCCAUGAGAAGCAACGAUGUUGGAGAGAUCAAGGAUAUCGAAGAUCCUUCGUCUCGAUUAAGAAGAAGACCAUAUUCGAAGACCCAUGCCAGAUCAGCCAGUCAUGGAGGUGUCCUAGCGAGUUCAAGCGUUACACCAAACCCAGCGACGUAUCAAACAUCUUGGCAAACGCCCUGGCCAACUGGUGGAUCUUAUUUAGGUCCUUUACCAACGUUAACCGGUCCGGUUCGCCCGUCGGCAUUAAAAAAACCAGGACAUCAGAGAGCGUUCAGUCAAGGACAGGUCGUAGAUGUUCAAAGUCAACUUCCUGUUUCGGGACACAGUCGUGUUGGCUCGAGAACAGAUUUUAUUUUGCCUCCUGGCCACAGAGAGGAAUCACGGCCAUCUACCGCUGGAAAAGUGCCCUCCUUUCGUGGACAUUCCAGGCAAGCAUCCAGAUCGGAAUCAAUCUAUACAAUAAGACGUAGCGCAGCGCCGCCAUUAUGGAGAAGAAUUUGGUCACGUUAUUUCGGACCUUUACCAGAAGAGCCUCGAUUAAGGACCAUAGUACCUAAUCAUUUGGUACCACCUCGUACUCCAAAAAGUCAGCAUCCAAAUGGUGGAAGGAUGAACAAUAGGGUAAAAACAACGAAAUAUACGAUCCUGAACUUCAUACCACGUAACCUGUUCGAACAAUGCCGGCGUGUUGCUAAUUUAUAUUUUAUAUUCAUCGUUCUACUUAAUUGGGUACCAGAUAUCAAUGCAUUUGGAAAGGAAGUGGCGAUAAUACCAGUUGUUUUUGUAUUGGGGGUGACAGCCUUGAAAGAUAUUUUUGAAGAUCGAAGAAGGUCGACAAGCGAUCGUAGAGUCAACAAUUCAACCUGUCGCGUUUAUGUUGGGGAAGGUGGUAGAUACAUGCAGGUUGCAUGGAAGGACGUAAAGGUCGGUGACCUGGUACACCUUUCAAACAACGAAGUAGUCCCAGCAGAUCUAUUACUUCUCCGCAGCAGUGAUCCUCAGGGUUUAGCUUAUAUCGAUACCUGUAAUCUAGAUGGCGAAACGAAUUUGAAGCAGCGACAGGUUGUACGUGGUUUUUUCGAAUUGCGAGAUACAUUUCAACCUGCCAAAUUUCGUUCGAUGCUCGAGGUUGAUCAACCAAGUACUAAGAUAAAUAGGUUUCAUGGUGCUGUAGUUCAUCCAAAUGGCGGGAGAGUACCAGUUACAAUCGAUAAUUUAUUACUCAGGGAAUGUUUGUUAAAAAAUACAGACUUUAUAGAAGGUAUUGUGGUCUAUGCUGGACAUGAGACCAAAGCUAUGCUCAAUAAUGGUGGACCAAGGCACAAGCGUUCACGUUUAGAGAAAAGGAUGAAUUGCGACAUAAUAUGGUGCAUGGCAAUCCUAAUAAUACUGUGCAUGAUCGGUGCGAUCGGUUAUCGAUUAUGGUUGUCGUCAUUGUCUACGACAAUUUCGAUCCCGUUUCUUCCGGUGUUACAAGAUCCUAAUUACGAAAGUAUGAUUACUUUCUGGACGUUUAUUAUAAUCCUACAAGUGAUGAUACCUUUGAGUUUGUACGUGACCAUAGAGAUGGCUAAAAUCGGACAGAUAUAUCACAUAGGUCGUGAUAGUUUUUUGUAUGACAAAGAAACCGGACGUAGAGCUGAGUGUCGUGCGUUGAACAUUACUGAAGAAUUAGGUCAGGUUCAGUACAUAUUUUCGGAUAAGACUGGAACCUUGACGGAGAACAAGAUGUUGUUUAGAAGAUGUGCAGUAGGUGGACAAGAUUAUGCUCAUGAAGGAGAAGGUGAAAGUUUAAUGCCUUGUCCAAGAUUAAAAGAAGAUUUGCUCAUUGGUACCUUUAGACAUCGUUUGCAAGAGUUCCUUAUCGUCUUGGCAACUUGCAACACAGUUGUGGUCAAUUCUCAACCGCAUCAUGAUAUUAUGAACUCAAGUGGUCUUAUCGAGGAACCGCAUAAAAAUGGUAGUGCACCAACUAGAUACGAGAGAUUGUCCGAGUCCAGAAGCGUGACUCCAUCACCGUCACCUUCUAUACCACCUACUAUACCAGCAUUACCAAUGCCUACACCACCUCCAAGUAUAACAGGUGAUAGUUCAUCACCGAUCUCAUCGAUCAUCGAUUCAGCUGCUGUCCUCAACGAUACACCUAAAUUACAAUCCAAAAUGGCUAGGUUACCACGUGUUUGCAGGCCGAAAUUGUUGAACGUAACGUCGAUACCAAGCUUAAGUUUGGGAUUGUUAUCGAGAAAACAAUCGCCAAACGGUGGACAGAAAAGGCGUAAUCUGUUGAGUCCAAUAUUCGAUAUGAGCGGAAGGUCAGUCGAACAGCUGACACCAACGCCAGCCAUUUACGAAGCCGAAAGUCCCGACGAGUUGGCAUUGGUCAAUGCAGCAAGAGCUUACGAUGUUAAAUUACUCAAACGUACACCUCGCAAUACUAUAAUUUCAUUGCCAGACAAGUCGAUUCUAAGUUAUGAGAUUUUAUAUGUUCUACCAUUCGACUCCAGUAGGAAAUGUAUGUCAGUUGUAGUACGUCAUCCGUUAACCAGUGAAAUCAUUUUGUAUAGCAAAGGAGCAGACACUACGGUGUUAGCGUCAUUGACAUCAAGCGAUGAAAAUUCUAUGACAUCAGCUAAGAUCAGGCAACAAUUAAAUUCUUAUGCACGUCAAGGUCUUCGUACAUUGGUAAUGGCAAGAAGAUCGUUGACCCAACAGGAAUAUGAAACUUGGCGUGAAAAACACUUGGAAGCUGAAUUGGCCAAUGAAAAUCGCGAACGUCGUAUUCGUGACUCUUACGCUAAUCUAGAAAAUCAUAUGACAUUGCUCGGUGCAACUGGUAUAGAAGAUAAAUUGCAACCUGGUGUACCAGAAACCAUCGCUGCUCUCGUUAACGCUGGGAUUAUAGUUUGGGUUUUAACAGGUGAUAAGCCAGAAACGGCAGUGAACGUUGCUUACUCAGCAGGUUUAUUUUCACCGGCGAUGCAACUGUUGCAGUUGCAAACGAGGUCUAAAUCGGUCGCGGAAACUUUGAUACGUGGUUAUUUGGAAUCAGCUAAAAGAGAUAAUCUAAUAACCGAAGGAAGAAUAGAUAAUCGUAACGAGGAUGGUAUUGCCAUGUACAGUUACGAUUUAACAGAAAGGGAUGCUCAUAGGAUAGGUAGUCCAUGGCCAAGGAAACGUGCACUUGUAGUUGAUGGUAAAACGUUGACCGUCAUACUCGAUCCAAGAUCUGGUUUAACAGGUCCGUUCCUUGAAUUAACAAGAACCUGUUCCAGUGUACUUGCUUGCAGAGCUACACCGCUACAAAAGGCUUAUAUAGUACGUAUAGUGAAGGAACAAUUAGGAAUGAGAACGUUAGCUAUAGGCGAUGGUGCUAACGACGUGAGCAUGAUACAAACAGCUGAUGUUGGUGUUGGUAUAUCUGGUCAAGAAGGUAGACAAGCGGUCAUGGCCGCUGAUUUUGCUAUUUGCAGAUUUUACAUGCUGAAUAGACUUUUAUUAUUACAUGGACACUGGUGUUACGACAGAUUGUCCAGAAUGAUAUUGUAUUUUUUUUAUAAAAAUGCCACUUUCGUAUUCCUCAUCUUCUGGUUCCAGUUUUAUUGCGGUUUCUCCGGUGCUGUAAUGAUAGAUCAAAUUUAUCUGAUGUUGUACAACCUGUUGUUCAUUUCUUUACCACCACUUGUACUAGGUGUAUACGAUCGAAUAACAACACCUAGUAUUUUACUUUCCAUGCCAGAACUUUAUAAAAGAGGACGAUUGGGUUUAGUUUAUCGACCCUUUUCCUUUUGGAUCACUAUGGCCGACGCCUUUUACGAGAGCAUCGUCAUAUUUUUUACGAUCUUCAUAACUUACUACGAUACAACCGUUGAUAUCUGGGAAUUUGGAACGACCAUAACUACGGCAUGCAUAUUUUCAAUGCUAUUACACGUAUCGAUAGAAACUAGAUCUUGGACGAUAAUUCACGUUGUCGCUAUAAUGGGAUCGCUCUUUAUUUACAUGGGAUUCUGUUUGAUAUACAAUGCUUUUUGUAUUAAUUGUAUGGGUUUGCCAGGUUCAUUUUGGGUAAUGGAAAUGGCAAUUAAAAGACAUACUUAUUGGCUCUCUGUGAUAUUAACUUCGGUACUUGCUGCACUACCAAGAUUGGCGUAUAGAAGUGCGAGAUCAACUUUGGUACCUGAUAUGAUACACCGUGCAACUAUUGCGGUUUCGAAAACUCAGGGACGUAGAGAGAGAAUCGUUGAAAGGGGUAAUUCGAGUUUUAUCACUGAUUGGUCACGUUCGACACAAUCGAAUUCUACUACCAGGCCAAGAAGUUAUGGGAAUCAGAACGACGCAUUGACGACCAUCGUUGCGUGACAAGAAAUUUCGAAUAAAAUCAAGACCAAGACUGUUUAUCGCUUUACGUCGAUAAUAACUGCCAAGGCGACUACCAUAAUAAUCGUCGUUCGUAUUUUCAAAAUGCGAACUUUGAAAUUUUCGUAUCUACCUAAGUUGUUGCUCUCGAAGUAGCAGAAAAAAAAGAGGAGGAAAAAAAAGA